AUGGCGCAUGGAAGAAGCAGAGCCUCCUCUCUUUUGGACGGUUUCACUCUCAACCCCGUCCCAUACCCCGUUUUGCUAAUCUUAUCACUCAUCCUCUUUUUCCUCGCCAUCUCAUGGUAUUUCUCCUAUGAGGAAGUGGUUGAAGCUGCUGAAGAACAACUGGGUUAUAUGCUGUUAGCCACACCAGUGCUGCUGAUACUCAUAGUUCGUUGGUUAUCGUCUGUCGAUACUUCAGAAUGGUUCUUUUUCAACUCCUCGCCAUGGGAGACGAGAAGGAGAACUCAUCACUUCCCUUCAGAGGGUUCCUCCCCUUGGGGUGUUGCUGCUUUGAUCCUGCUCGUUCUUGUGCUUCUGCACUAUCACUCCACUUUUCUUGAUGCCUGGUUUGUUUGA